UCGAGCCAACCCACUAUGACGUCACCAGGAUGUAAAUAGUCCGCAUCGAGGCCUGCUUGGUCUUUUUCCUCUCCCCUUUAGUGUAGGGCGGCAGGUUUGUCUCUCGAAGACUUUAACACCAACGCGGCAAAAUGAUCAUCUACAGGGAUGCUAUCUCGAACGAUGAGAUGUUUACAGAUGUCUACCCAAUUAAAGAGACCCCAAUCUUCUAUGAAGUUGAAGGAAAGCACAUCACUGUGGUUGAUGGCAACAUUGACGGAGCUUUAAUUGGCGCUAACGCAUCAGCUGAAGAGCCGGAGGAAGGUACAGACUGCAACUCUGUCUCCGGUGUUAACGUGGUCCUCCACAACAAGCUGGUGGAGACAUCGUAUGAUAAGAAGAGCUACAUCGUCCACAUCAAGGAUUACUUGAAGAAGAUCAGAGAAAAGCUGGACUCUGAAAACCCCGAGCGGGUGGACCAAUUCAUGACGGACGCCAACGCCGAAGUCAAGAAGCUCCUCCCUGCGCUCAAAAACCUCCAGUUUUUCACAGGAGAGUCCAUGAACCCAGACGGCAUGGUUGCCAUCCUGGACUACCGUGAGGAUGAAUCAACUCCUUACCUGCGCUUCUUCAAAGACGGCCUGAUCGUAGAGAAAUGCUAACUACAUGGACUAACGUGCUUGCCAACGCCCCCCCCUCCAAGAGCAUCAUGGCCCACAAGUCAAAUAUGAUUGGUCACACAAUAGUUUUUAAAAACUUUUUCCCUUUGCUACUUUCAGUAUUUUUCUGCCUCAGGAUUAACGGAAUAUGCUCAAAGCUUCAGGAUUUGGACUUUCUGGAUGUUUUUGGCAAAGAUUUGAAAGGCUCAACGUUUGCCAUGCUGGUUGGAUUUAUGGUUGCAUUCAAAAUUCCAUUUCCUUCUGGUUUCAUUUGAGAAUAAACGCGACUACCACCA